AUGUCUUCCGAGCAGACUUUCAUUGCCAUCAAGCCCGAUGGUGUCCAGCGUGGACUCGUUGGCCCUAUUAUCAGCCGCUUCGAGCAGCGCGGCUUCAAGCUUGCUGCCCUGAAGCUCGUCACUCCUUCUAAGGAGCACCUCGAGCAGCACUACCAGGACCUCCGCGAGAAGCCUUUCUUCCCCGGCCUUGUCAGCUACAUGCUGAGUGGACCCAUCGUCGCUAUGGUCUGGGAGGGCCGUGAGGUUGUCAAGACUGGUCGCACUAUCCUCGGUGCUACCAACCCUCUUGCCUCUGCCCCUGGCACCAUCCGUGGUGACUACGCCAUUGAUGUUGGCCGUAAUGUCUGCCAUGGUUCCGACAGCGUUGAGAACGCCAAGAAGGAGAUUGCUCUCUGGUUCAAGCCUGAGGAGGUCAUCUCCUACAAGCAGAGCCAGUUCGACUGGAUCUAUGAGAAGCCUUAG